GCCCCGCACGAGCUCGUCAUGCCGCCGGCCGCUCCACCACUCGUCUGAACACCUCACCGUCACUUAUCCACCCGAAAAUACCCCGCGCGUAUCACCGAUUGAUUAUCGCGAAGAACAGCUGAUCACGUGCCGCGUAUACAUGUGUUCAGUUACUAUUACUACGUAGUGCAACAUGAAUGUAUUUGGUGGUUGACGCUUGUGUGUGUGUGCGUUACGUGGCCGCGUGCUAAAGGAACUUUGGGAAAAUGAAGCUGUGUACAUAUUUACUGCUGAGUUUCUUGGCAGUACGGGCUACACCAGAGCCACGGAGGUCCCUGGUUAUCAUAGAACCGCCGCACCAUGUUGAGUUCACGAACGACACUGGGACCACACUUACGUGUUCUACGAAAGGACAAUUCCAGCUGGACUGGCUGUUAUCAGACAACAGCCCGGUGACGUCACUAGUGGGCCUUCGUAGAGUGCUCGCAAACGGUUCCCUGGAACUGCCGCCGUUUUCCGCGGAGCACUACCGUCGCGACGUCCACGCAGCCACAUAUAGAUGUAGGCUGCGGAUGAGCGGCGGAUUCGCUGUUCUGUCUAAGAACAUACACGUGCAUGCGGUUUUAAACAUACCGUGGGAAGUGCACGUGGCUGAUGAAUAUGUGAUGGCGGGCAACGCGGCGGUAUUGCGAUGCAUCGUACCAUCGCACUGCGCGGAGCGAGUCGGAGACACGGACUGGUUCACAGAUGACGACACCAGUGUCUUCAAAUAUUUAGGUUCAAAAUACUUUCGUCUGGACGACGGAUCGCUUUACAUAAGCGCGGUGAAGCCUGGCGAGCGGUACACGGCGUUUCGAUGCCGCGUGCGAGAUCGCGUUACUGGAUCUUUGUAUUCUAGUCAAUACUAUGGUCAUGUGAUAGUGACGGAACCGAAGGGCGGCGUGCGUCCGCGCAUCGCGGUCGAGCCUCGUUCCCGCAGAGUCUCGGUCGGACACGACGUGCGGCUGCCAUGCGCGGCCCACGCGUGGCCAGUGCCCAGCUACAGAUGGUUUCGCGAGCACCACGAACAGCUAGUACCGAUAGAGAAAACAUCACUCUGGCCUCGAGCGUCGGUACUCGGCGGCUUGCUCAGCAUACAAAGGCUUCAACGAGAAGACGCAGGAAGAUUUAUCUGCUGGCUCAACAAUACCGCUGGGGGCGAAUCCGCACAUUUCACUAUCAUUGUUACAGAACCAAUUUCCGUCCGAAUAAAACCAGAAUUAAUAAGAACUAAGUCCAGCGCCGAUGUCAGUUUCGAUUGCAAGGUGUCAGGUCAUCCCAUCGAAGUUGUGUACUGGAUUCACGAUGGCAAAGUUGUGAAAGACACAGAGAGAGUACGAAUAUCGGACGAUGGUCAUAGACUGCAUAUCAAAAACUCACAACAGAACGACCAGGGAAUAUACCAGUGCUUCGCGAGUAACACGAGAGACCAGGCUUAUGGCGUCACGGAGUACAUCAUUGAUGCAUCAGAUAGCCGUGACCGAAGUCUUGGAAACCGUUCGCGACGCGCGCCGCUUGCACGCAGCACGCACGCGCAUGACUCGGACUGGAACUUCACUGGGAAUAGGGAAUCAAAACCGGAGUUGGUGUACUGGUUCUCAGAACAAACACUGCAGCCAGGACCGAGCGUCUCUCUCAAGUGUGUCGCAAUGGGCCAUCCACCUCCACAAUUCACUUGGUUAUUAGAUGGUUUUCCUAUACCUACUAACUCAAGAUUUGUAGUGGGGCAGCAUGUGACUCUACAAGAUGAUGUUGUCAGCCAUCUUAACGUCAGCAGAAUGACAGAACAAGAUGGCGGCGAAUAUGCAUGUGUUGCCAGUAACUCCGCUGGUAAAGCGGUGCACGCAGCCAGGGUUAACGUUUACGGUCUGCCAUACAUACGAGAGAUGCCUAAAGUAACGGCUGUUGCAGGCAGUGACUUAAACAUAAAAUGCCCAGUUGCCGGUUAUCCAAUUGAGUCGGUUUCUUGGGAAAGAGAUGGACAAAAUCUUCCCUUAAACCGCCGGCAGAAAGUAUUCCCUAACGGAACCCUUAUAGUAGAACAGACACAAAGGGGAGAAGAUGCAGGAACAUAUACUUGCCAAGCAGCCAACAGACAACGCCACGUAGCACGGAGGGACGUGGAAGUACAAAUACUAGUGCGACCAAAGAUAUUGCCGAUUCAGCCGCUGACGAAUUUAUUGAGGGAGGGAAUGAGAGCGGCUAUUUCCUGUCAGAUAUUGGAAGGCGAUUUGCCAAUUGCAUUCCGUUGGGAGAAAAAUGGGCAGCCUGUGACGUCAUCGCCGUACGCUCCUAGCGGUAUAAUAACGAGGAGAAUGGACGAAUACAGCGCAUCACUUGUGAUUGAACACAUAACGUCACUCCACAGCGGAAAUUAUACGUGCAUAGCUUCGAACGUUGCGGGAUCGGAACGUUUCACAGUACCACUGACAGUAAAUGUUCCGCCCCGCUGGCGACUGGAACCGACUGAUGUAGCAGUAGCUGCGGGCCAGGAUGUCACUCUGCAAUGCCAAGCUGAUGGUUAUCCGAAACCAAAUAUCACUUGGAAAAAAGCUGUUGGUAAUACUCCAGGCGAAUACAAGGAUUUCAUGUUCGAAGGCAGUUCUCGUGUUCUCGAGAAUGGUUCGCUCGUGUUUGAGCGAGUCGCUAAGGAUAGCGAAGGUCACUACUUGUGUGAAGCAAGAAACGACAUCGGUGCGGGAUUGAGCAAGCUUAUCUUUUUCAAAGUUAACGCACCAGCUCGUUUCCCCAUGAAGAGCAAAACUGUGCAAGUGACAGCUGGUGAGGCGGCUCAUCUACAAUGCGCUGCUUCUGGUGACGCACCUCUAGAAGUAAGCUGGCGAAGUCCCCACCACCACACCAUCGCUCAUCACCUCGACCAACGCUAUACAAUCAGGGAACAAGUUCUGGAUGACGGACUGGUAUCAGAACUAAGUAUACUGCAGACCUACCGACAGGACACAGGAGCGUUGACCUGUCGCGCUUCUAAUGCGUAUGGUCAAGAUGAAAUGCUGAUACAUCUUGUUGUUCAAGAGGUUCCAGAAAUGCCAAAGAACAUAAGAAUCAUAGACCAACAAUCAAGGUCUAUACAGAUAUCUUGGACACAACCAUACGCGGGAAACAGUCCUAUCAUCAACUAUAUCGUUCAAUAUAAAGAAGCUCCAGAGCCGUGGCCAACCACGCCACAAAAAGUCAUAGUACCCGGAAGCGUGACAUCGGCGAGUGUUCAGAACCUUCAACCCGCUACGUCCUACCACUUGAGAAUUAUCGCUGAAAACAGACUGGGACAAAGCGAACCCAGCCAAUUAGUACAAGUUACAACAACAGAAGAAGUACCAAGUGGUCCACCCUUAGACGUACGAGUUGAAGCUAAAAGUUCAACAGAACUAACAGUGAGUUGGGAUCCGCCCCAACGGGAUCUUUGGAAUGGAAACAUUUUAGGAUACUACGUAGGGUUUCAAGAACUCAACAGCAACAGCACGGCGCUGAGCGCGAGCGGUCCGGGCGGUGCGUCAUACACCGUGCGCACGGUGGAGGGUGCAGGCACGGCGCGAGCGCGGACUGCGCUGUCGGGGCUGCAAAAGCACGCUGCCUACGCCGUUGUGGUGCAGGCCUACAACAGCCGGGGUGCUGGGCCCGCCUCGCCACCCACUACUGCCACCACCAUGGAGGAUGUGCCAAGUCUCCCACCCGGUUCUCUGCAAUGCACGGCGUUAAGUUCUCAGUCGGUGCGUGUGACAUGGGAGCCGCCGCCCACACGUGGUCGAAACGGAGUGCUGCAAGGGUACAGGGUUACAUAUGCACCCGUCACUGAUUGGUAUGGAAGUGAGGAUGCGGUGACAAAGCAGAUAUCAGGUCUGCACACGACACUGUCUGGCUUGCGGCGCUACACCAACUACUCCGUCACGGUGUGCGCCUUCACAGCGGCCGGCGACGGCGUGCGCGCCGCGCCCGUCUACUGCCACACGGAGGAGGACGUUCCAUCUGCACCAGCGGAUAUUAAAGCGGUUGUUUCGUCGCGAAAUAAAAUACUAGUGUCAUGGCUUCCACCUGCUUCUCCCAACGGAGUCUUGGUUGGGUACACGCUGUAUAUGAGCGUCAUCGAAGAUGGCAGAGAAGAAGGCACUCACAAACGUAUGUUGUCACCGAGCACAUUAUCGCACGAGACUGCAAGAUCACCUCCUCGAGCCACACAUCAGUUCUGGGUGUCGGCUUCCACUCGCCUUGGUGAAGGGGAUGCCACAAGAGUUGUCACAGUAUUACCAUCUGAUACCGUACCAGCAAGAAUAACAUCAUUCAGUCGAAGUAUAGUGACACCUUGGAAGGAAAAUAUAUCUUUAUCCUGCAACAAAGUUGGUGUGCCCAUACCAUCUACCACUUGGAGCAUGAAUGGAGCCAUCUUAGAAUCUACAUUAAGGAAAAAUGUCACUAGCGAUGGGACUCUUGUUAUCAGCAUGACGCAGUACGCGGACAGCGGCAACUACACGUGUCUGGUGGAGAACGCACACGGUCGCGACGAGGUGACGUACGGUGUGGAGGUGAAGGUGCCGCCGCAGCCGCCUGUGCUCGCAGUCGUCGACUCUUACGCCGACUCGCUGCAUCUGCAAUGGAGCGACCAGGGAGAUGGUGGCAGUCCCAUACUAGGUUAUGUGAUCAACUACAAGCGAGAACACGGUGACUGGGAAGAAUUACAAGUCGAAGCGGGUACUUCGGAACACGUGUUACCGAACCUUUGGUGCGGGACGCGUUACCAGCUUUACAUCACCGCCUUCAAUCGCAUCGGUACGGGGUUGCCCUGUGACAUCGUACAUGCGUAUACUAAAGGCACAGUGCCCGUAAAACCUAAGCAUUCACAGAUGAUAACGUUGAACACGACAACUGUGACUGUAUGGUUAGACUCUUGGGGUGAUGGCGGAUGCGGUAUACUGUACUUUGUCAUUGAGUACAGAGAGAUAAGUCAAUCGCAGUGGCGGCUCGUGUCGAACAGCGUGCAGGCCACCGAGCGCGUGUUCAGCGUGACGGGGCUGUCGGCCGCCACGCACUACCAGCUGCGCAUCACCGCGCACAACAACGCAGGACACGCGCUCGCACUCUACAACUUCACCACGCACUCGCUCACUGGCAUGCUGGAGGGCGAGGUGUCCCCGGCGGUGCCGGCGGCGGGCCCGCGCUCGCUGGGCGGCGCGCGCGUGCUGCUGCCGGCCGCGCUGUCGCUGCUCGUGCUCGCCGCGCUCGUGGCCAUCGUGCUGCUCGUGCGAAGGAACAAAGCAGGGCCAACGGAAACAGUUCAACCAGAGAGUGGCGUAGGCGAGUCCCCCUCAGUGGCGCAGCUACAGAACAAAGUGAACCGCGACCAACAGUACCUAGCUACGCGCGCUCAACAUCCCGCACCUCAACACCACUACAAACACGCUUCCAACGAAUAUAUCGAAGACAUCUGUCCCUACGCAACGUUCCAGUUGACAAAACCAAGCGCGUAUAGUGAAAGCAGUUACAGCGGCAACGUAUACAGCGGUCCCUACCACUCCGUAAGGGGCUCCUUUGUGUAUCACGACCUAAAGCAAAAUGAUAAAUAUAAGGGUAAAGAACCGGAAUAUACUAAAGUAAGAAGAAAAGGAAACAGACUCCGAGAUCCGCAUUCGGAAAGUCAAGAGUCGGACAACUUGGGCUCGACGGACUCGGAGGUGAAGAAGAUAUUAACGCUGCACCUGCCAAUUACAGAGUACGAGGACGACGCCAGCGACGACGCGAGCGCGCUGCACUCCGACAGCGAGUCCGGCGCGCGGCUGCGGCCCGCGCACCCCACCGCCUACCCGAGCGUGGAACGCGAAGAGUCAUCGUCAUCGUCAGAGAACUCCGGGGGCGGCGUGGUGCGGAAGGCGUUUCCGUCGAGGAAGGGGAAGGCAGGGGCGCUCGGCAAGCGACACGUGCGCUCCUCCAGCGGAUACAGCAGUCACAAUGACGAGACUACGUUCAGUAUAUCGAACUACCCGUCGUUCAACGAGCACAUCCACCCUCCGUCGCGGUUUUCAGACGACACCGAGUGCGAGGGGCUCCCCCGCCGCAAGCGCGCGCCGCUCGGAGACCACAAGGUGACGCGCGAAGCCUUCCAGAUUAACGUCUGAGCCGCCCACACCGCACCACUCACACCGACACUGACCUCUCGACGAGAGACACCACGAGAGACGAACCCAUAGUGGGUUCACAUGAGUCCAUCGACUAAAACAGUCGAUCAACUGCUAAAUCGAAAGUCAUUUGAAAAGUUUGAACAAUUUUUCAAUAAAGAUCGAAUCAAUGAAAGUUUUACACAUUUUAGCUUUUCUUGAUCAAAAUUUAUUUAACGAAAGGGAUUUACCACGUCUGAACCUAUAAUUACUGAACGAACUCUUGAGGCAUGGAAACUCGUAACGAUCAAGACAAUUCAAAUUAAUUCGAUAUUUGAAAAUUUUGUAAGCUAACAGUGGGAUCGAAGUCAUCUGCACGUCUCAUUUACCGUAACGGUAACAGUUGUUCCUAUUUACCAGAAAUAUAUGAUCAUUUUUACUAUACAUACUCGUACAUACGGAAUAGGUUUACGUUUCCACGAGCUCACGAGCUAAGAUUAGCUACAAAACACUAAGGGGAUGAUCCCACUGCAGUUACGAUUGUUGCCAAAGAUCACGUGUCUAGUUGUGUAUAUAUAUUGUAGAUAGCCAUAGUAAUACAAUUACUCUUAGUGCCACAUAUAACGAUAAUCAUUUUUGUACUCUGUACUCAAAAAUCGAGUUAUUUAAUAAACUUUAUGGAUAUGUUAUUGCUUUAUAAUAACAAUAAUUUAUUCAUAACAUAAUCUAAUUGAAGAGGAGUGUCACCGAGGGUAUAUAUAGCACCUGGUACGACGACUUUGUAAAUAUUGUUGUAAUUAAUGUGUACUGAAUAUCAAAUGUAAAAUUAAGAAGAACAAUAAUUAAAAUAAAUAUAUAUUUUAAACUUAAUGCCUUAUUGACCAAAGUCUUAAAACUAGUUACGGAUACGAUUGAAAAAUUGUAUCCAAUAUUUAAAUACGGAUUGUUUAAUUGUUGUAAAGUUUAUGAAAACGUCUCGUUUUCAUCGUGAAAAUCUUAUCGCUGUCUAUAAAUAAUAACCUUAAGAAAAUGGUAAAUUUUAAAAUACUUACAUAUUUAAACGUAGGCGUAAUGUUACAUAUGAAACGUGCUGAGAAUUAUGUUUCAAAUUUCAACGUUCUACCAAUUCGAAUUAACGUUUUCCAACGUAUUUUAAUCACAGCUGUAUAUGCAUAAAACCAAGUUAUUAUUAAUAAUAAAUAAUAAAAAAAAGUAUAUUCGAAAUAAGAGAGAUGUGAUUGAAAAUAUUUAAAACAAUUUUUCGCUAUAUUUAAUAGUGAUACAUAAAUAAAAAUUAAAUUCUUGUAAAACAUAAAUUUUCAUCUUACUGCUAUGAAUAUGAAAUUAUCAAAAUAUUUUAGAACACUCAACUCACUUUUGGGACAUGACUUAUAAAUUAGAAAUAAACACAUCUACACUUGUUUAUAUUAUUUCAAUAGUGUUUUAUUAUACUCAACUGUUAUAAUAUUCCAUAAAACUCGACACGCUCCUCUCGCAGUGAUUAGGGUUCAAUUUUAUAGAAUAAAAACUAUAAUUGUUGUUUUUUAACCUGAAAUGCUGUAGUCAAAAUUGAACUCUAAUAACUGCGCAACAAGAUAUAAUAUUAUAUAUCUAUUUAAGUAAUGGAUGUAAAAAAGGUGUUAGUAUAUCCUCAGUAAACAGUAACACAAGACAAUACACUUACCUAUAGUUUGGUGAAUACGGCAGAAAGUUAACUUUAUAUGUACAAUAACAGUUAACGCACAUUGGAGAAUUUUUACCGGCCGAUAAUUUAAUCGUUAAUACUUUAAGUUUUUACUUUAAUCAUUCCAAUCCAAAGUCGAUAGCCAAUUUGACUAAACAAUCGGCUGAUAUAAAACCUUUUAUGUGCGUUAGGUCUAACUGUAUCGAGUAGUGCUAGUUUGAGAGUUGGACACAAGUUUUUUACGGACACACUUUUAUGUGAACUGUGUGUGUUUUUAUAUAAUUUACAAACGUUUACGUUGACUCUCUUUCGUAAUUCCAACGAAGACUGCCCUAUAUUUAAUUGAGAUCUAUUUUAUAUAAUCUAGUCACAAAUACCUAAUGCUAGUUAAUCGAUUAAUCAUUUAGUAAUUUUAGUGAAUUAUGUAAAUUAGUUUAAUAAUUUCGUCGCAAGGAACGCUUCGCAAGAUGUUUAGAUGUCUACAGCAAUAUUUAACGCAUUUUUUUAAAUUAUAGCAAAUA